AUGGCGAAAGACGAAAUAUCGUAUCGUUGUUGGAAGAAGUUUACGGUAGACUUGGUAUGCCUUCAGUGCUCUCCCUUCUUCGUGAGCUUUGCCGCCGGCACUUUGGAUGCCGAGAGCUUCCGACGUUGUAUCUCGCAGGAUCUCCAUUUCUUCAAUGCCUUCGCUCAAGCAUAUGAAUUGGCGGCGGAUUGCGUAGAAAACGACGAUGAUAAGAAGGCCAUAGGUGAUUUGAGGAAAUCGGCACUCCAGAAGAGUCAAACGAACGAGAUAGUUGCCCAAGCAUGGGGAAUUGAAGGCUCGAACGACCGCAUUUCUGAUGCGACAGUCAAAUACAGAGACUUUUUGCUCGCAAUUGCGUCUGGAAAAGUUGAAGACAUACAAGUUCCCAUCAAGAUCGCAACUCCUUUCGAGAAGACCAAAGUCGCUGCUUAUACACUCGGUGUGAUCGCUCCUUGUAUGAGGCUCUAUGCCGAAGUCUAUCAUGAGAUACUAUCCCUUCAAGAUACUCGUGAUCCCAGUCACGUUUACAAGAAAUGGACUCAGAAUUAUGCUUGUCGAGAUUUUCUGAAAUCAACAAUGGAAACUGAAGAUCUGCUGGACAAGUUAAGUACUUCUCUGACCGAGGAGGAGCUUGAUGAAAUAGAGAAUCUGUAUCACCAAGCUUUGAAGCUCCAAGUAGAACUUUUCACUGCUCAACCGAUUUCUCAGCAAACGGUAGUCCCUUUGUCUCGUGCGCAGGAGCUCAAAAACCGAAAUCUUACCAUAUUUUGCAACUUUGACUUGACAUGCUCUGUUGUCCACUCCACCGCCGCACUGGCAGACGCAGCAUUCUCCAAAUUUCAGCCUGUGAAGGAAAAAUGGGACUAUCUGUCUACACAGCACGUUGAAGAAGUUGAAAAUUUCUUGAAUAAUGUCAAUUCCGGCAUCCCACUAGUGCUAGGAAAGGAAUAUGAUUAUGAUGACUUGCGUGAAACACUUGAACAAGUUGCAGAAAUUGAGAAAAAGGCAAAUGCAAGGGUGGAAAAGUCCGGAAUAUUGACGGGUUUACACCUAGAAACCAUAAAACUUGUUGGCAACCAUAUUGUUCUUCAUGAUGGCUGCAGAAGGUUUUUUCAAAAGAUUGUGAAAAAUGGAAGUUCAAACAUUGAUGUUCAUGUGAUUUCUCAAUGUUGGUCUAGUGAGCUCAUCAGAUCAGCUUUUUCUUCGGAUUUAGACGUCCUCAAUGUACAUUCAAAUGAGUUAGCUUAUGUCGCGUCGGGUGAGAUUAUUAAGAAGGUUGAAUCUCUGCUGGAAAAGCUCCAGUCCUUUAAAGAAGUCCUAAGGGACCGUAAGAGGGAAGGCGAGCACUUGACAGUUUGCAUUGGAAGGGAUGUGGGUGACUUGCUUUGCUUGCUUGAAGCAGAUAUAGGCAUUGUGAUCAAUUCAAGUCCAAGGCUGAUGAAACUUGGUCUUCAGUUUGGUGUCAAAUUCGGCCGACUGUUUCCUACCUUGGUAAAGAUGCAGAAAGAGCUUGCUAAGGACAGUUCCUCUAAUUGGAAGCCAAGCCCUGGCAUUCUUUAUACGGUCUCCUCUUGGGCUGAAAUUGAAGCAUUCAUCUUCGGCUUGUGA